UAAUAAUUAAUUGUGCCGUUUCAAUGAUAUUGAUUUCGCAUUAUGAAAUUUGACCGCAUAUUCAUUUUUUGCUACAGUUUUCUUGUUUUAUGUUUAGAAAUUGGAGAUUUUUCAAUAACUCCCGAGAAUAUUGAAGAAUUAAAAAAUUUUGUUAAUAAUUUAAUGAGCUGUAAAAAGAUCGUUGGACUUGGACUUACUCUUGUUUACGACAAUAAAGUAAUAUUUGCAGAUGGAUUCGGGAUGGCAAACAUUGAGAAACGUAUUUCAGUUGACAAAAAUUCUAAGUUUGCAAUAGGAUCUUUAACGAAAGCUUUUACAAGUACAAUCAUUGCUAAAGUGCUCAGUGAAAACACAAGAUACAAUUGGGAUACACCAAUAAAAGAUAUUCUUGGGGACGAGUUUAGAUUAUUUGACGGUGUAAGAACAGACAACGUUAAUCUUCGUGAUCUCUUAGGACACAAAGUAGGUGUUCCCGGAUACUUUGAACCUUUACUGGUUGGCUUUCCUGAAAAUACAUCUAGAGAAGAUUUCAUCAAAAAUAUACAAUAUCAACCGCCAGUAGCACCGAUCAGAACGAAGUUUAUAUACAGCAAUUAUUUCUAUGCCCUUGCUGGAUAUGUGGCAGAGAAAAUAACAGGACGUUCGUGGGAGCAUCUCGUCCAAGAAUAUUUAUUUAACCCAUUAUGUAUGAAAAAUAGUGGGUUUGUUGAUCACAUUUCCUCGUUCGACGAAUUCGCCUUAGGAUAUUCUUAUAUAAAGGAGACUCCAGUCAAAUUAAAAGAAGAGUUGUUAUAUACAUCAUCACCUUCGGGUCCAGCCGGUUCUAUAUAUUCCACACCAAAAGACAUGGGAGAAUGGAUAUUGUUGCAUCUUAAUACAGGCAAAGAUUCGAGUGGACACAAUCUAGUGGACAAUGCUACAUUAAAAGAGACAUAUCGGGGUCAAAUGGCGACUCCAUUAUUUGGCAAUUUGUUUAAACCAGGAUUCCCAAUAUCUGAUGUUGUUAUCUCUUACAAUAUGGGAUGGUUAUCAUCAGUGUAUCGAGGAUACAGACGACUGUGGCACUCAGGUGGUAUUGUUGGUUAUUCGUCACUUCUUUGGUUGUUUCCAGAUAAGAAAGUGGGCAUAUAUGCUUCGAUGACAGGUUCGAAAUCUAACGGGAACAGUGAAGCAAUCAAAACUAUAUUAAGUAGAUCUGCCGAUAUGUUGCUUGGUCUUGAACCCUGGUUAAAUGAUUCAACUGCGUGUUCAUUUCCAGAACCGUGGAUUAAGAAAACUCCUGUUGUAUAUCCGCUUGACGAAAUAGUACCUGAACCUUUCUGGAACAUUUCAACACAGCAAGAUGAUUAUGUAGGUUUUUACUGUAACCCAGCUUUCGGCAUGAUGAAAAUACAAAAACAAAAUUUACAAUUAGUAAUGCGAUAUGGAAGAUUUGGUAAGAUGAAAUUGUAUCCUAUAACUGAGACAGCAUUUGAUGUACGAUAUAUAGAAGCAUUGUGGUUUGUUACAAAUUCUGAUGACAAUGUCACACCUGUUCGUAUAACCUUCGGUUCAGAUUUUAACUCGUUGGUGUAUCCCAUUGAUAGAUUGUAUAGUAAUACUACUUUUAGUAGAAAUUGCAAUGUUAACGUCGAUAGCUCACAUCUUCAGGGAAAUGGUGGCAAUAUUAUGCAUUUUAUACACGAUACAAGGAGCUACCUCAAAUCGUAUCUACUCAUGUUGAAUUUGUUUGUAAUCUUAUUUAUACAAUGCCAAUAAAAUAUAUUUAUAUAUAUAUGAAUAAACUAUAUUUCAGUUA